CCCAGAAAGUUAUGGUAGCAGUCCCAGAAAGUCAGAAACAAGUCUACUCUGGAUCAACACAUGAACUGCAAAACCAUGCGCUUCAGACAAUUAUGCAGCACCUCCUCGCACUUGAUGCAAAGUGAUCCUGUAAGCAAUCUUAAAGCGACAAAGCCUCCUAUCCCAAGCCCAAAAAUAUCUGAGGCUGCCAAACGGAAACCAGUGACAAGUUUUAUUGCCGAUUCAGACACAGUGAAAUGGAAUAUGCAAAUCACCAAAUUCAUGCGGAAUGGCGAGUGCGAAUCUGCAAUGCGCUUAUUCAAUUCCAUGUCUAUGAAAAACAGUGUCUCUUGGAACUCAAUGAUCUCUGGGUACUUGUCCAAUAAUAGGUUCGACUUUGCACUGCAUCUUUUUAAUCAAAUGCCACAUAGGGAUUUGGUGUCCUGGAACGUGAUGUUAAGUGGGUAUGUGAGGAAUAAGAAUCUUGGAGCUGCUAGGUUGUUGUUUGAUCAAAUGCCUCACAAAGACGUGGUCUCGUGGAACACUAUGCUGUCUGGGUACGCUCAAAGCGGGCAUAUUGAUGCAGCAAGGUUGAUUUUUGAUAUGAUGCCAGUGAAGAAUGAGAUUUCAUGGAAUGCACUGCUGUCAAUGUACGUGUGCAAUGGGAUGAUUGAUGCUGCCAAGAGAUUGUUCGAGUCGAAGGAAAUCUGGGAGGUUGUUGCUUGGAAUUGUUUGAUGGGUGGGUAUUUGAAGAAGAGAAUGUUGGCUGAAGCCAGAGUGAUUUUUGAUAGAAUGCCUUUGAGGGACGAGGUUUCAUGGAACAUAAUGAUAUCCUGUUGUGCACAGAAUGGUGAAUUGGAGGAAGCAAGGAAGUUGUUCCAUGAUUCUCCUAUUAGAGACGUGUUUGCUUGGACUUCAAUGGUUUCAGGGCAUGUGCAAAAUGGUAAAGUAGAGGAAGCUAGGAUUUUUUUUGAUGAUAUGGAAGUGAAGAAUGAGGUCUCAUGGAAUGCAAUGAUUGCUGGGUAUGUUCAGUGCAAAAGGAUUGAUUUGGCAAGGGAGUUGUUUGAGGCAAUGCCCUGUAAAAAUACUAGUUCGUGGAACACAAUGAUAACAGGCUAUGCACAAAAUGGUGAUAUUGUUAGUGCAAGGAAUUUGUUUGAAUGCAUGCCUAAACAUGACUGCAUCUCUUGGGCUGCAAUUAUUGCGGGGUAUGUUCAAUGUGGUAAUAGUGAGGAGGCACUGCGCAUGUUUGUUGAAAUGACAAGAGAUGGGGAGAGGAUAAACCGGUCAUCAUUUACAUGUGUCAUAAGUACUUGUGCUGAUAUUGCAGUUUUUGAAUUAGGAAAGCAAGUACAUGGACGAAUUGUAAAGGCAGGAUAUGAAUCAGGCUGCUAUGUGGGGAAUGCUCUCCUAGCAAUGUAUUGCAAGUGUGGAAGCAUGUGUGAGGCACUGGGUGUGUUCAAGGGAAUAGUAGAGAAGGAUGUCGUCUCUUGGAAUACAUUGAUUGCUGGUUAUGCAAGGCAUGGAUUUGGCAAAGAGGCUCUUGAAUUUUUUGAAGUAAUGAAGGGAAACGGUUUUAAACCAGAUGAUGUUACUAUGGUCGGGGUACUGUCCGCCUGCAGUCAUACAGGCUUGGUUGAAAUGGGAAUGGAAUAUUUUGAUUCUAUGAAGGGAGACUAUGGGAUAGAUGCAAACUCAAAGCACUACACUUGCAUGAUUGAUCUCUUGGGUCGAGCUGGGCGCCUGAAUGAUGCACAAGGCUUAAUCAAGAGCAUGCCCUUUGAACCAGAUGCUGCCACUUGGGGUGCUAUCCUUGGGGCAAGCAGGAUUCAUGGAAACACGGAAUUAGGAGAAAAAGCUGCUGAAAAAGUUAUUGCAUUGGAGCCAUGGAAUGCCGGGAUGUAUGUUCUUUUGUCUAACAUGUAUGCAGCUUCUGGUAGAUGGUCUGAUGUCAGUAAGGUGAGAUUAAAACUGAGGGAUACUGGUACAAAGAAAGUUCCCGGGUAUAGUUGGGUUGAGUUACAAAACAAGAUUCACAUUUUUUCAGUUGGGGACUCCACACAUCCAGACAGUGAAAGAAUGUAUGCUUUCUUGGAAGAUUUAGAACUACGAAUGAAGCGUGAAGGCUAUGCGGUUGCAACAAAAUUAGUCUUGCAUGAUGUGGAUGAGGAGGAAAAGGCACACAUGUUGAAGUAUCAUAGUGAAAAAUUAGCUGUUGCAUUCGCAAUUCUGAAUGUGCCCCCUGGGAGACCAAUACGUGUGAUAAAGAAUUUAAGAGUUUGUGCAGACUGUCACACUGCAAUCAAACUUAUUUCAAAACUUGAAGAAAGAUCAAUAGUUCUACGGGAUAACAACAGGUUCCACCACUUCAAUGAUGGUAUAUGCAGCUGUGGCGAUUAUUGGUAAAUGUUAAUGCCAAUGAACUAUGGGUGCAACGUAUAUGGAUCAAGACAUGGUGAUACAUUUGAAUAUAGUCCGCAUGCUAGCAACAACGUUAUGCUUAGUGGAAAACAGGAUUGAUGGGAAUGAUAUGAACGGAGGGUUAAUGUCUCAAGAGAAAUCUAUGUUGAUUCGUUGGAAGUGCCUUUUUACGUUCUACUUCAGUUCUGAUAUACAUAUGUAGUGAGGAAAAUCCUCCAAUGACCCGUUGUGCACAGCUUGUGAGGUGGCUGUAAUUUUGAUGCAGAACAAGCUAAAAGAAAUGGUGGUGUAGGAGAAAGUGUUUGAAUAUGUUAAUCAGGGAAAGUCUUGCAGCUUCCAGGUCAACUUAUUUCUGGUUGAGAAGGUACAUACACUUGGAUUUAUAUGUUCUCCGAUAGUCCCAUACACCAAAAGCGUUGAUUGGAAACUUGUCACGUGGGAGGCCUUCAUGAACAUAGAAGGCUUUGAGUAUACUCGUGUACUGAAGAAACAAGGAGACAAAUUUAUUGAAUUUCAUGAAAAUUUAAUUCUUAUAUAUUCUCAUGACAGAUGUUUAUAUAAUUCUGCUUCACCAUAGGCAUGGAAUUUAUUGAAUUUUGAAGAAGUACAAUUAUUAUGUUAGAAUUUACAUGGCUUCAUUAGUUGUAGUCGUUGGCUUGCUCUCAUCGCCCCAAGACACAGAAAAAAAAAUUAUGGUUUGAAGUAAAGUGGUUCUGCUUUUGCAAGGAAUC